AUUACAACAGCACUCAGCUUCUUUCCUUCAAAGGGGAAGCUGUGCUUUGCUUUGAAUUUUUAAUUUGGAAUUUUAUUUUUUUUGAUAGGUAAAAGUUAAUUUGUUUGUUUAUAAAAAGUGAUUAAAAUUGAAUUUGGUGAAUAUAUUGAAAAUAUUUAAAGAAAUUCUUUCAUAAUAUCUUCGCCGCCUGUAUUUUGAGGUAACCGCCUGGUUUAUUUUGAUAAUACGCACAAAUACAAACCAGUCCUAAAAUGAGUGAUCGACAAGGAACGAGGGUUUACGUUGGUAAUCUCAACGAUCAAAUUAAGAAGGAAGAUUUACAAGACGAAUUCACCAAGCAUGGAAAAGUUAACAGUGUUUGGGUCGCUUUCAACCCGCCAGGCUUUGCUUUUGUAGAAUUCGAGAAUCGUGACGAUGCUGAAAAAGCAUGCGAUAUUUUGAAUGGUAAAGACUUUCUUGGCGCAGAACUAAAAGUUGAAAUAUCAACAAGAAAACCAAAAAGACAAGGAAGUGGUGGUGGAGGUGGUAGAAGGUUUGGUAACGGUGGCGGUGGUGGCGGUGGCCGAGGUUUUGGUGGAGGAAAUCGUAAUAAUCGGUUUGGAGGUGGUCGAGGAGGUGGUGGGGGAUUUAGGUCAAAUAAUGGUGGAGGUGGCGGAGGCUAUAGAUCCAGUGACGGAGGCGGUGGAGGAUUCCGUUCAGGUGGUGGAGGAGGUUUUAGAAGGCAAGGUGGUGCUGGAGGAGGUCAACGUGAUGGUGGCGGCGGUGGUGGUGGAGGUUAUCGCUCCGGUGGUGGUGGGGGAGACCGCUUCAGAUCACGAUCACCCAGACGGUUUUAAGAAAACUAUUAUAAAAUUUUAAUAAAAUAAUAUUCAUUAAUUUCUUAGUGUACACAUUCAAAAUAUUAAAAUUAAUCAACAUAUUAUUAUUGUAAUCUUCAAGUACACGUAUUAUCUUAAAACAAUCUGGUAUACGUAACUACAAUUAUAAUACUAAAAUUUGUAGAUGUUAGACAUUUUGGUAGUGGGUAGAAUGUAAGCAUUCCAAAAGAAAGGAAUAAAUAAAAAAAAAAAAAGAAAAAAAAAAUUAAAAUAAAUUUGUGUUUUCAAAAAUGAAGAUUAAAUAUUUAGCAUGUAAGAAAUUCUUUGAAUAAACAAUAAAUAUGAAAAAAUUACUUUAAAAGAUCUUAAAAAGUAUUUUGAAUUAUAUAACUGCAAAAUCAUUAAAAUAAAAAAACCAAAUCAAAUUAUCCACACCUAUUAAUUAAAAUUUAAAAACAAAGAAAAAAUAAGUCUUAGUAUUUCUAAGUUGUAAGUUAAAAUAAAAUUAAAAUAAAAAAAAAUAAUUUAGAAUAUAAGUAACAUUAAAAUAUUAAACAAAAGCACUCUAUUAUAUCGUAUACAUUUCGUUAGCCUAUCACCAAGAUACAAUGUAAACCAUGUACACUAAGAUCUUGUACUCGUGGAAACUAUAAAAAAUAUUAGAUUAAGAUUAAAUAAACUUCGGUUUAAGAAAAAAAUAUUGCUGUU